GGCGGCGGGCGGCGAAUGGCGGCGGCUCCGACGCGGAAGGAGCCGGGAGCGGCUGCCGCUCCUUGCGCCACGCUCUGAGCCCGGUGCCGGCCGGGAUGACGGGCGGCGGAGCCCCGCGGGGGACGCGACGCUGAGCGGCGGCUCGGCCGUGUUUUGAUCUGCUUUCCCAAGUGCUUGUGGUGUGGCUGGGGCCAACAUUUAACAAUGAGUGGUGCAGCGCUGGGCUUCGAGAUAGUGUUUGUCUUUUUCCUGGCCUUAUUCCUACUUCACCGGUAUGGAGACUUCAAGAAACAGCACAGGCUGGUGAUCAUAGCAACAUUAUUGGCUUGGUAUCUCUGCAUCCUGAUUGUGUUCAUACUGCCUCUGGAUGUCAGUACGACUAUCUACAAUCGAUGCAAGCUUGCGGUUAACUCCAGUCCUGCAGAAAGUAAUGGCUCUUAUGUUACUCUUGCUCCAAGCAAACAAAAAUGUUUCAAACCCUGGAGUUAUAUUCCUGAUGGAAUUAUGCCAAUUUUCUGGCGUGUUGUGUAUUGGACAUCUCAGUUUUUAACAUGGAUUCUGCUACCUUUUAUGCAGUCAUAUGCUAGAUCAGGAGGGUUCUCCAUCACUGGAAAGAUUAAAACUGCUCUGAUUGAGAAUGCCAUCUAUUAUGGCACUUACUUGCUGAUUUUUGGAGCGUUUCUAAUAUAUGUGGCUGUAAACCCAAACUUCAAUUUACAAUGGAACCAGCUUCAGACUAUUGGAAUAGCUGCUGCAAACACAUGGGGUCUGUUCCUUCUUGUGUUGCUUUUGGGCUAUGGUUUGGUGGAAAUCCCUCGUUCUCACUGGAAUGGGGCCAAGAGGGGUUAUCUGCUCAUGAAGACUUACUUCAAAGCUGCCAAACUGAUGACUGAAAAAGCAGAUGCAGAGGAGAAUUUAGAGGAUAUUAUGGAGGAAGUCCGUAAAGUAAGUGAGAGUAUCAAAUAUAACCACCCCUUGAGGAAAUGUGUUGAUACUAUACUGAAAAAGUGCCCUACUGAGUACCAGGAAAGAAUGGGUAGAAACAUGGAUGAUUAUGAAGAUUUUGAUGAAAGACAGAACAGUUAUCCCAGUGAAAAAAGUUUGGCCAAACUUCACAAGCAGGUAAUCUAUUCAGUGCAGAGGCAUCGUCGUACACAGGUCCAGUGGCAAAUUCUUUUAGAGCAAGCAUUUUACCUGGAAGAUGUGGCAAAAAAUGAAAGCAGUGCAACUCGACAGUUUGUUCAUACCUUUCAUUCCCAGGAACCAGAAAAUAAAAUUAUUCAGUACUUCUAUACACCAACGGUUGAGUGGUACUGGGAGUGCCUUCUUCGACCAUGGUUUUACAGAGUGCUUGCAGUUGUGCUGGCCACGUUCUCUGUAAUUGUUGUGUGGUCAGAGUGCACAUUCUUCAGCACAAAACCAGUUCUGUCGCUAUUUGCGGUUUUCAUACAGCUGGCAGAAAAGACAUAUAAUUAUAUAUACAUAGAGAUGGCCUGUUUUCUUACCAUAUUUUUCUUAAGUAUCUGUGUUUACUCUACUGUCUUCAGGAUCCGUGUAUUUAACUAUUACUACUUAGCUUCACAUCAUCAGACAGAUGCAUACAGUCUCCUUUUCAGUGGCAUGUUAUUUUGCCGUCUUACUCCACCAUUGUGCUUGAACUUUCUGGGCUUGACCCAUAUGGAUGCAACAAUCUCUCACAAGAACACUCAGCCAACUGCUUAUACAUCUAUAAUGGGAUCCAUGAGAGUGCUGUCCUUCAUUGCAGAUGGAUUCUAUAUCUACUACCCGAUGCUUGUUGUCAUUCUCUGUAUUGCUACGUACUUCAGUUUAGGAACUCGUUGUUUGAAUCUUUUGGGAUUCCAGCAGUUCAUGGGUGAUAGCGAAAUGACCUCGGAUUUGAUUGAUGAAGGAAAAGAGCUAAUCAGAAGAGAGAAAAGGAAACGACAGAGGCAGGAAGAAGGUGAAAGCAGAAGAAGGGAAUGGAAGGAGAGGUAUGGAAAUAGAGAGGAUUCUACCAGAAGCAGAGCUGUCCACACAGAUCAGAAAGAAUCUAGCUUCUCAGAGACCAAUGCCAAUAGACCACUAUCAAAGUAUACCCGUUCAAAUGGUAGGACUGAAAGAGAUAGAAUAGAACUCCUCCAGGAUGCAGAACCUUUGGAUUUUAAUGCAGACUCUGUUAAUGAUGACCCCCUUGAAUCGGACUCAGGAAGGUACCAGCCUGGUGGAAGAUACCUGUCAAUGUCUCGAAGCAAAAUAUUUGAUGAUGUCUAAGCUCAUGAAAGCUAAAGAAAAUUCAGUGGAAAUCUAGCUCCUACUCAUUGCUUGGAAAAUUCUGCAUUUGCAAUAUGUCACUGAACUGUCAAAGACUCUUAAAAAAAAAAAACAUGAAGGAACAACUCUUUUGGGAAUGCACGUGUAUGAUAACUUCACCUCUAGUGAUAGGAAUAUGCUUCUGCUGUUGUAGAUACUGUUGUGCAUCAGUGUGGGCUUUUGUGUCAUGACCAAAAGGAGAAAACUAUUUAAAGUUAAUAGAUGAUAAACUCACUAAUAUACCUAGGGCUCAACUUGAGUAACAGUCUAAGUUUGGGGAACAGAUUUUCUGGAAUUUUUUAUUUUGUAUUUUAACCAAUGCUGUGAGAGCAUAUUGAUGCAUCCAAAGUGCAGUUAUAUCAACUAUGCUUUUGCUGACAAAGUUUGGGCUGUAAAAUCAUAGUCACAGAAUGGUUUGGGUUGGAAGGAUCCUUAAGGAUCAUCUAAUUUCAAGCCCCUCUGCCAUGGCAGGGACACCUUCUAGUGCUGCUCAGCCCUCCAUCCAGCCUGGCCUUGAACACACCCAGGGAUGGGACCCACAAGUUCUGUGUGGCAGCCUGUGCCAGUGCCUCACCACCCAUACAGUAAAGAGUUUCUUUACAUAUCUAAUCUAAAUCUGUCUUCCUCAAAUUUUCAGCCAUUUCCCCUUGUACUGUCACUACACUUCCUGGCAUAGAGUCUCUCUCCAGCUUCCCUUUAGGCACCUUCACACACUGGAGAGUUUUUCCUGUGAGGUCUCCACACAACAUUCUCUUCACCAGGCUGAAAAGCCCCAACUUUUUCAGCUGAUCUUCACUGAGGGAGGUUCUCCAGUCCUCUCACCAACCUGGUGGCCUCCUCUGUGCUGGCUCCAGCAGGUCCCUGUGGUUCCUGUGCUGGGAGCCCAGGGCUGCAUGCAGUGCUCCAGGUGGGUCUCAGCAGAGCAGAGCAGAGGGGCAGAAUCCCCUCCCUGCCCUGCUGCCCACGGGCUCUGGGUGCAGCCCAGGACACGUUUGGCUCUCUGGGCUGGGAGUGCCAUGGCUGGGCCAUGUGCAGCCUCUCACCCACAGCACCCCCAAGCCCUUCUGGGCACGGCUGCUCUGGGGCUGCUCAUGCCCAGCCUGUAAGCUGUGCCUGGGAUUGCAAUGACGCAGGUAUAAGACCUUGCCCUUGCUUUGUACAGACACAUCUCUCAAGCCUGUCCAGGUCCUUCUGGAUGGCUUCCCUUCCCUCCACUAUCAACUGCACCGCACAGCUUGGUGUCCCCAGAUAGCCCUUGAGGUUCCUUCCAUCCUGGUACUCUGUGAUUCCAUGAAAUUUUUGGUAUAAAUUUUGGAGCGAUGUGUGGUGGUCAGAAAAGGCUGUAUUUUUUCUUUUCCAACAUUACAAGCAGAUACAUGAUUUUAGCAUGUGUAAAUAAUUGAAAUUGAAUAUGGACCUGAGUGUCACUGUCAUAUGAGCAUAUGUGCAAUAGCAGGAAUACAUUAUUGAAGAUACAAUGUCUGCUUACGGUCUUUACAGAUGUAAUGAUUCAAAAUCAUGGCACUACUGUUUUUGUAACUGUAAAAGAAAUAUACUAUGAAGAUGGAGUUAAAUACUGAAACAUGAUAAUUUGCACGAACCUAAGGCACGGUUUCAAACUCUAGACUAUUUCUUUAAAAGAAGGGAAAUACAUAGCAUGACUAGGUAAUGGUAAACACUUUUUAUAUCCUAAAUACCCUGGUUGCAUUAUGUAUAUCAGUUUUUAAGGUGCCUGUAUUUUGCAGUAGGUUGUUGCAAAAAGAAUAAUACUUUGCCAUUCAAAAAUGCCAAUUAUGAACAGUGUAAAAAAGCUUCACAUUAAUUUCAUUAGUGUAGGCAUAUUUUUAAACCAUAGUUAGUUGUAUGAAUUUUCAAAUAUAAUCAUAAGGUAAAAGAUGUGGUCAAAUUCAUGAUAACUUUGAAAAUUUGAAUAAUUUAAAGCAUUUUGGUUUUUGUCUGAAAUCUUUGCCACUUGGGAGCUUCCUUAUGUGCUUUUUGCAAAAUUAUGUUGAAAACUAAAAGAGAACAUGUUUUUAUCAUACAUUCUUUAUCAUGCUUAAAAAACACAUCUUUAAAGCAGCUAGGAAUGAAUUAUUCUGAAAAGUAAGUUUUCAUGAAUGAGAUAUUCUAGUAAUUUUUAACAAUAGUCUGUGUUUUCUCAAGUAAUUGUUAAUGGGGAUCUAACUCUACCUCCUGUGAUUUUAGUAUAUGUGUUGUAACAGUAGUGGUAUUUGUAAUACAUUGAUCUGCCUGUUUUGAAACACUGAAUUGUUACUAUGAAGGAGAAAAAAAAUCUUUAUUUGUAUAGAAAUAAUUAUAUUAAUAAAUUAGCAGACAUACAAUAAUUGUCAGUUUUGUUCUUAGGUGAAUACAGUGAAUGUCAGCCAUGGCCACAGGCAUUCAAGCUCAUGCAAUUUCCAGACUACUCAUAUGAGGUCACUUUUUAGUUUGAGUACUCUGUGUUUGUAAAAGCUUGUUCCAAGUCUUAGGCUUGAAUCUUAUCAGGGACUGGAAGUUGAGAAGAUGAGUCUCUCUUUAUUCAGAUAUUUCUUUAGGAAUUCUAUGGUAGCACCUAUUUAAUUUAUUUUUGAACUACUUAGUAGUACUAUCUUGAAUUCAUCCUUAUAUGAAAGGCAUUGUAUACGUUCUUGGGCACUCAUCCAUAUGACUGUUCUUAGACUCUAUAUUUCUGUUUUAAAAAUUUAUAUCGGCAGUUUAUUUAUGAAAACCUGUGGCAGAAAUAAAAUUCAAACUCUUUAUAUAACUCUUGAGAUGUCACUUCAAAGGGAUCUCAUCAGAGCCAGUAGAAAAGCUAUUACAAGGAGCUUCUGUUUUCUGAAAAUCUGUGAAAUAACUUUACCUCCUCCCUGGUGACCAGAUAAUGGGAUUGAGCCUUCUUGGGGCCUGUUUUUUCCCCUCUCAGUGAAAUGGCUGCAAACAGAAUUUUCAGAGGAAACAUGGUCAAGGUUUUAUAUAAAACAGGUAACUAGUCCCUAGUGCAUAUUUCAUUGGAAUACAGUAAUUUGAAGAGUUGACUGUAUAAAUUAAUGGCAGUUGGAUUUCAGAUUCUAACAUAGACAUUCCGCGCUGAACGUUUUUGACGUUGGCAGUGCAGUAAGAGAGAACCAGUGGCUGCUUUUUGAGCUCUGAAAAGCUGUAAAGAAUUCUCUGCAUCAUGCUUGGCAAUGCCUGGUGUCACAUCCUCUCUGGAUGCUGUUUGGUUAAACAGGGAGUUGAUAAGUGAAGUCAGGUUUCCUCUACUGUAUGUAUUGCUGACCAGGAGUUAUCCAGGCUCCAAUUACAUGCAAUUUAUUGCCUAAUUUAAAGUAUGUUUUGAAAACUCACUAUGGGUUCAUAUGACUGAAUCUGGAAUAUUUUCAAUAAAGAAAUAAUCAUGUACAACUAUAGAAGAAUAAUAUUUUCUGUUCACUUAAGCUAGUUUCAAACAAAUUUGGUUACUGCUAUAGUACAAAUAAUGCUGAACUUGGCUGGGGGCUGUGUCCCUAAGGAUUUACCCCUCUCCAGAGAGCUGUGGAUGCCCUAUCCCUGGAAAUGUUCAAGCCCAGGCUGGACAUGGUUCUGAGCACCCAGUUCUAGUUGAAGAUGUGCUGGCUAACCAGGAGGGCUGGACUAGGUGGCCUUUACAGAUCCCUUGCAACCCAAACUGUUCUGGGUUUCCUUGGUGCUUCUCAGACAGAUUUUGGCAACUCUUGAUGGGUUCUUUCCUGCUACAGCUCCAGUCCUAGUAGCCCUACAGCUAAACGAAUUUAAAAUUAGCUUUGAUGUGUUUAAGCAGUGACUGUAUUCUAGACUAACAGUGUUCCUGCAUCACUUCUGAUGCUACAGAUUAGGUGAUUUAAAUACAAUUCCCUUGCAAACUGUGCUGUUGGAAACUCAGUGUUAACGUAUUUUUCAGUCAGUGUAUUUAUAGAGUCAUAUUUAUUUGCUGCUAAAGAAUGUAAAUUUUAUAUAUCUUUAUUGUUUCACUUCCUGAAUUACUGAGCAGUUAGUGUAUACUUCUUGCCAUCAUUUCUGCAGUUUUCUCUCUAUCAGUGAACACCAAAAAAAGCCCCAAAACACCAAAAAUCCCACCCAAGUUAAGUACAAAUAUUUGAAUGUCUUCCUGUCAAAGAUUUAAAUGAGUGAAAAUAAUGUGUGCAAGUCACAAUGGACUUCAAAAAGCAGUGUGAAAACAGUACCUAUUCAGUGUUGGAGUUCUUAAAAAGUAUGGAUAGGCAAAAAGCUGUAGUCAAACUUAUUACUCCUACUAGAUUUGGAGUUCUCUUUUUCUUAAUACGUAUUUUGAUAUGUAUAUUGGGAUAUAUGUGCCCUACUGAGCUAAGGAGGGGUGCAUCUCUCAGCUGUGAAGUGAGGCAGUGUUUAUGAGGGAAGGUAAAAGAUAAUGUAACUUCUAAUCUGUGCUUAUAGUGAUAGUUUGCUUUGGGCAAAGGACGACAUAGCUUGUUAUUUAACUACAGUAAAGUGUUAAGAAAAAAAGAAACUUUAUGCUUCUAUAAAUUACACUACUGGAAGAAUCAUGGUAUGUAAUGUGACUUCAUUUUGCAAUCAAGCACUUGUAAAGCAGUCAUUAACAGUGUUAACAGGAAUGGUAGAAAGCUGCUGUCUUUUCAAUAUUUUUUCGUGCUAUUGUAAAAUAAAAUGAACAAUGAUUUUUACAUAGGAAGUAUUAAAAAUUAUUACUAUGGUUUUCUAUAAUUAUGGUAAUUUGUAUUUUAUUAAAUUUGUCUUGGAAAACUGUAAAUACUAUGUGAAAAAUACUAUAUUUAGUUUCAGUUUUCAUUAUUGCUUUAAUUACUUGAAAUCUGAGGGGCAUUCAUAAUACCAAAUAGAGAACACUUUAUGAAGGAAAACUUUUUAUGAAGCUUCUUAAAAAAAUCUGAAUGGUUCAUUAUAGAGAUAUAGGUGCAUCUUAAUUAUUAACAAUAACAUUACUAAGGGGAUAUAUCGUGUCCUAGCUUUUUAAUUUUUCUUUGAAAUUCAAAAAAUUGUUACUUUUUUCAGAGCAGCUUAGUUGUGAAUCUUUCAAACUUUCUGAAACUUUUACAUUCCUUUUCCCUAAUGGGCUCUGCAGGAAUAUGUACUGCUUCAUGGCAGUCACCUAACACUAGCUGUGCCUCUAAUUAAGUAGUCUAAUCUGAAGCUGAGACACUCCUACACCAUUUGAUUAUGUUAACAGAAAUUCAGCAUUCCUAGCCAAAAAAAACCAAAAGACACGUUGAAUUUGAUCCCUUUUAAAUACAUUAAUUGCUGUUGUUGAUUUUUUUGCAUUAUAUUUGAUACCCUCUGUUUGGGUCAUAUCAUAAGCCCAAUCAGGUUUAUUCUUUGUUUCUCUUAGAAUGCACUGGAAUGAAGUCCUCAGCAUGCUUUUGUGUGCAUGUGUGUGUUUUAGUAUGCAGCUUCAGUUAUUUCCUCAGGAUGAUGUUGUUAUAUUUGACAUAUUCCUGUGAACUAGUAGUUUCAGAGUGAUACUUUCACUGUCAAAGUAGAAAAUAAUUAUUUCCAAUAGAAAUACAUUGUGUUUCUGUAGAGGCAUCUGGAAGAUAAGGGAAUUCAUUUGUAAGUAUAAGUUUAGUAAUAGGCCUCCAUUCUCCAGUGUAUAUCAAGAUAGGCUGUAGGAGUGCUGCUUAUGGAUAGACUAUCUUCUUUUGCCUUAUGAUACAAGUAUGUAUGCAUAAAUACCUUGUUUUGAAAUUUGAGUUAAACAUUUUUCUCUGUAGUGUUCUGAAUUACUGUUGUUACUGGAUUAUAUUUUUGAAAUGUGUGUUACAAUAUAUAUAAUCAAAUACUUAAAUUGGCAUGAAAUAAAUCAUUUCUGCAAUACA